UGAGAGCGCGCGUAGAGGCGGUCCGGCUGGCUGUCUCAGUUUCUGUUAUCGCUUUUCUGUUGCUACCCUCAGUUAAAUAGCGAGGAGACGAGAGCGAGCCGCGGCCGAUUCGGAUAUCGUUUUCACCUGGGAAAAUCAUAGCGUGAUCAGCAUCGACGGCCGCUCGACAGGGCCAGGAUGUCUAGCGAGGUGCAGCGAGUGGACGACAGCCCCAGCACCAGCGGGGGCAGCUCGGACAUCGAGCAGCGCGAGUCGGCUCCCCCGGAGCAGGAACGGGCCGAGCGGGGCGAUCGGGAGCAGGUGCAGCCCAAGAAGAAGGAGACCAAGAUCUCCAGCAAGACGGCCGCCAAGCUCUCCACCAGUGCCAAGAGGAUCCAGAAGGAGCUGGCGGAGAUCACACUGGACCCACCACCAAACUGCAGUGCUGGUCCUAAAGGUGACAAUAUCUAUGAGUGGCGGUCCACCAUUUUGGGCCCCCCAGGAUCUGUCUACGAGGGAGGGGUCUUCUUCCUGGACAUCGCUUUCACCCCUGACUACCCCUUCAAACCACCAAAGGUCACCUUCCGCACGAGGAUCUACCACUGCAACAUCAACAGCCAGGGUGUCAUCUGCCUGGACAUCCUGAAGGACAACUGGAGUCCGGCGCUCACCAUCUCCAAGGUCCUCCUGUCCAUCUGCUCCCUGCUCACAGACUGCAACCCAGCUGACCCUCUUGUCGGAAGCAUCGCCACGCAGUAUUUGACAAACAGAACAGAGCACGACAGAAUAGCAAAACAGUGGACGAAGAGAUACGCCACAUAGAUCUUGCUCCAGAUGCUCCUGCGGCCACCCCGUUUCUUUCCUCAACACCUCAGCCCCAUCCCAAAACUCUCCGUCGCCCAACCCCCUCCCCUCCCCUCCCUUCCCCUCCUGACCUCCUUCUGUAUCUCUCUCUCUCUCUACCUCUGUCCCCUCUUGGUCAAAGCACACUCCCUGGGUAGAAGUCAAACUAGUCCCUCCUGUCCUCUCCUGUUGCUUGUGGCAUCUUGCCUCAAUUGUCACCCCACCUCCAUGAGGAAAACAAUGAGGUUUCCCCUCUGUCAACGUAGGCAGAGCAACUUUAGCUGGGGGGAUUUAUCCAUUUGACAUCCCGAUUGUUAAUGAGAUCAUGUCUUUUGAAUUGGGCUUUUGCGGGAUAUUGCAUAAAGCUUUGACCAUUGAUGACAUCGAGCCACGUGUCACAAGACCACAAGUUACUGAAAAGGAUGGGAGGAACUAGUUUGAGUUUCAACCCCCAAGUGCAGCCCACCUCCCCCACCCCCACCCCUGGGCCUCUCCCUCUUUGACCUCUGUUGACCUUUCUGUGAAGAGAACUGUUCUUUUUUUGUUCCUUGUUGACUUGAAAGCUUCUUUUUAUACAAAGAGUAGUUUUGGGAUUUUAUUUUCCGAUUAUCUGAAUGUUGGAGUUACCCUUGGAGAGGGGGAGUAAAACUACAAAAAAUAAUAAUUAUUGCCCCUCGAUUUAAUGUAUCUAUAUCUCUUUUUGCUUUUUAAAGUGUACUUUGUAAAAUGUUCUGUUUAUCUACGAUAAAAGUGUCUCAUAUUAAUCCAGAAAACCAAUGUGUUUUUUUAUUUGUCACAAUGUAUGAAAUGAAUGGCAUUGGCAUCAGUUCUACCAGUGUUCAUACUCACCGAUUUUGGCUUGCCAGAGGGUUGACAUCAUGAAAUUCCCUGAUGAUGUUUUCGCACUAUAGCCCAAAUCUACUCACAACAGACAACUGGCUCAACUCUCUACCUACUCACCUACCGGUAGGGUAUUCUAAGAACAUGGUGAAGUGGUAAACUUUGACCUACAGGAAGUGGUAACAUUGCUAAUAGAUGGCCCACAAUGAGGACUUCUACGCUCUUCUAUUAGAUGAUUUACCACUACCUCAUUGUUGACUCAACCUGGUUUACUACUAAGCCAGGUUCUCGGAAUACCUCCGGGCAGGGUGCGAUUUGUUGAAGAACCAGAAGGGGGGAUAAGUUUCAGAUUUUAAGCAUUAUAAAUGGAGUAACAUACUGCAAAUAUUCAAAUCCUGUAGGAAAAUUGGAGGUAUUAAAACCAGAAGGGGGGACAAUCCCCCCCAUCCCCCCCUACAAAUCGCACCCUUCCUCCGGGAAAUCUUACACACAAAGUGCACACUUUUCUGGAACAAGUGCAUAUUAUAGUUUAUUUUGAUUUUACCAUGGUGGUUUUGUCUUUCUUUCUUUUCUUUUUUUAAAUGGAGUUCUUUGCAUGUACUAUGGUGGAACAGCUUAUUCUCCAGCGACUUCAUUCUUUUUAAUUGUUUUGUUUUGUAUGUAUUUUAAAACACGCGCUUAGUGCAGUCAACAGGUUAGACCUUCACCUGUUGGGGAAAAGUGACCAUGUACAUUUACAUAAUGUAUUAGCAACUGGCCAUCUCUGAUCGUCUGGCAGAGGGGUUGUGCACUUGCUUUACUAAAAACACCCAAUAAAACACUGUGGUUGAACUGUA